GAUAUCACCAAGAAUUCCAAGAAACGCAACCUUGGGAAGUCCAUCUCCACAACUCCAUGACAGAUGCUCGACCUUCAGUCUCCUCUUUGCUCUCGCGGCCCGCUAGCAUGAGGUCCCUUGCGUUCCUGGUCUUGGUCGGGUGUGUUGUCUUCGGCAGCGGAAUGAAGUACAUGUGCAACCAAUGCCUGGAUUCCUUCUGCUUCCCAAUGCCCCGGGACGGCUGCCCUUAUGGGAAAGUUAUGGAUUCCUGUGGAUGCUGCGCCCUCUGUGGGCAGGGACCAAAUCGGUCAUGUGACGAGAUGGUAAAGUGCGGCCCCGGUUUGACAUGCACGAGACCUCGCUAUAGAUGGGGGUCAGGAGUCUGCAAGUAUAAUCGCUGGUGGUAAUUGAAGAGGUGUGUGUGUGUGUUGUGUGUUGUGUGUGUGUGUGUGUGUGUGUGUGUGUGUGUGUGUGUGUGUGUGUGUGUGUGUGUGUGUGUGUGUGUGUGUGUGUGUGUGUGUGUGUGUGUGUGUGUGUGUGUGUGUGAUGUCCAUUUUUGGUAUUCUGUAAGACAUUAUAAAUUUGCAGUAUUUGUAGUAUGCAUAUUCAUGUAAUGUAAAUUAUGUAGUUGAAAAUUAAAGUCAAAGUUCUUGAAAUUAAAGAUGAUAUGAUAUAAUAAAUACGAAAAUAAUA